GUCUCCAUCUAGCUACUUCUGGGUUUUUUCCCCCUCUGUUCUUUCUGGAAUGUUCUCCACCUCUCCAUCCAGCUAUUUCUGGGGGCAGUUUUCCUCUGUUCUCUCUGGAGUGUUUUCCACAUCUCUCAGGUACAAUUCUGCCUGGUGGAUUUCUCUGUUCCCUCCAAGCCUUACCCUGCCCCAGUCCCCACCUCCCUUUCCCCCAGGCUGUGCCGAUUCCUCAGCUGAGGAAUCCCACCCUCACUGAAGGCUUGUCCUUUGCACCUGGAAUUCUUGGAGGAUUUGCCCACCCAGAGCUGGAUAUGAGUGAGCAGAGCCACGCUGCCAGGCUGGAGCUGAGCCAGGUGUGAAUAUUCAGAAUUCACACAGGUUUGAAUUCACUGAAGGCUUCUCCUUUGCACCAUUUCCCAUCUGGAAUUCUUGGAGGAUUUGCCCACCCAGAGCUGGAUAUGAGAGGGCAGAGCCACGCUGCCAGCCUGGAGCUGAGCCAGGUGUGAAUAUUCAGAAUUCACACAGGUUUGAAUUCACUGAAGGCUUCUCCUUUGCACCAUUUCCCACCCGGAAUUCUUGGAGGAUUUGCCCACCCAGAGCUGGAUAUGAGAGGGCAGAGCCAGGCUGCCAGGCUGGAGCUGAGCCAGGUGUGAAAAGCAGAAUAUGUGAGCAGCCACACUGAGGAUCCUCCCCUUGGCAGGAGCUGCCAGGGCUGCCCUGGGGUGGGUCCCCACCUCCCCGGGCAGGGCAGGAGGAGCUCCGGUGCCUCCCCAGCAGCAGGCAGAGCCAGCUGUGCCAUGGGCACGGAGCGGGGCGGGCUGGGCAGCCUGACCGUGUUCAGCAAGGAGGAUUUCGAGGAUGAGUGGCUGCGAGUGGCCAGCGGGGGCUUUGGCCACGUGUACCAGGUGAAGCACAGGAGGUGGAGGACGGUCUAUGCCGUGAAGUGCUCCCCGUACCUGCUGCAGGACUCCAGCGUGGACAGGACCAGCAUGAACUGUCUAAUGGAGGAGGCAAGCAAGAUGGAGAAAAUCAAAUUCCAGCACAUUGUCACCAUCUACGGGGUGUGCAACAGCCCUCUGGGGAUAGUGAUGGAGUACAUGGCCAGGGGCUCCUUGGAGAGAAUCCUCCCCACCCACAGGAUGUCCUGGCAGCUGAAAUUCAGGGUGAUCCAUGAGAUGGGCUUGGCCAUGAAUUUCCUGCACAGCAUGAGCCCUCCUCUGCUGCACUUGGACCUGAAGCCAGGGAAUGUCCUCCUGGAUGGGAACAUGCACGUCAAGAUCUCCGACUUUGGGCUGUCCAAGUGGAUGGAGCAGUCCAGCAGGAUGCAGUACAUCGAGAGCUCAGCUCUGAGGGGCACCCUGAGCUACAUCCCCCCCGAAAUGUUCCUGCAGAACAGCAAACCCCCGGGGAUCAAGUACGAUGUGUACAGCUUCGGCAUCGUCAUCUGGGAGGUGCUCAUGCAGAAAAAGCCUUACACAGGGGCCAACAUGAUGGCCAUCAUCGUGAAGGUGGCAGCGGGGAAGAGGCCGGGGCUGGAGCUCGUCAGGGACGACUGGCCCGGGGAGUGCCACCAGAUGGUGGACCUGAUGAAGAGGUGCUGGGACCAGGACCCCAAGCAAAGGCCCAGCUUUGCAGAUAUCCCCGUGGAGACAGACGUGCUGCUGGCUCUGAUCCAGAGCCUGGUGCAGGACCCGGAGAACGAGCGCCUGGUCAGGAAGAUGUCCCACAAACCGGCCAUCUCCAGGAGCCAGCAGGGUGACAAAGAGGAGCUCGCCUUCCCCCGAGACACCAGGAGUGGAGGAAAGGACCCCCAGGAGGUUCCUCUCCCACCUCCACACCGGGAGGCCGGCCUCCCGGAGGAGCUGGGCCCCGAGGAGCUGGGCAGGGUGCAGGAGAACGGCCUGACCCUGCUGCACCUGCUGGUGCUGCAGGGCCACGCGGGCAAGGUGCGCUCGCUGCUGGGCCGCGGGGCCGGCGUCAACGGCGCAGCGGGCGGCGGCUGCACCCCACUGCUGCUGGCCGUGCAGCGCCGGCUGCCCGAGCUCUGCGCCGUCCUCAUCGAGCACGGCGCCGACGUCGACGCGGCCGACGAGGACGGCUGGAGCCCGCUGCACUUCGCGGCCCAGCACGGCGACGACCGCACGGCGCGGCUGCUGCUGGACCACCGGGCCCGCGCCGACGCCCAGGAGCGCGACGGGUGGACGCCGCUGCACCUGGCGGCGCAGAACAACUUUGAGAACGUGGCGCGGGUGCUGCUGUCCCGCCAGGCCGACCCCAACGCGCAGGAGGUGGACGGCAAGACCGCCCUGCACGUGGCCGCGUGCUUCGGGCACGUCGGCCUGGUCAAGCUGCUGGCCAGCCAGGGGGCCGACCUGGAGAGGAAGCAGAAGAACCUCAGGACGCCGCUGCACGUGGCCGUGGAGAGGGGCAAGUUCAGGGUGGUGCAGUACCUGCUGAAGAACGGCAUCUCCGUCAACAGCCUGGACCAGAACCACUACAGCGCCCUGCACCUGGCCGUGGUCAGGGGCAAGUACCUGAUCUGCGAGAAGCUCAUCAAAUACGGGGCCAACGUGGAGCUGAGGACGGACAAAGGCUGGACCCCCCUGCACCUGGCGGCCUUCAAGGGGCACAUCGAGAUCAUCCGGCUGCUGAAGGGCAGCCGCGCCCGGCUGGAUGCCAAGGGCGCCAUGGACUGGACGCCGCUGCACCUGGCCACGCGCUACGGGGACGAGCCCGUGGUGGGCGAGCUGCUGCGCUGCGGGGCCGACCCCAACGCGGCCGAGAGGUCCCGCUGGGCCCCCCUGCACUUCGCCGUGCUCAGGGGCUCCUUCCUCAGCGUCAUCAACCUCCUGGAGUGCCAGGCCGACGUCAACGCCAGGAACAAGGUGGGCCGGACCCCGCUGCACCUGGCCGUGCUCAAGGGCAACAUGGCCAUCAUCAAGACCCUGCUGAAGGCGGGGGCCCUGCUGGACGUGGAGGACAUCACGGGGUGCACGGCGCUGCAGCUGGCCGUGAGGCACCAGCGGGACAACAUCGUCACCCUGCUCCAGGGCAAGGAGGCCUCGGGGAGCCAAGCUGGGAACAGGACUCUGAGCGAGGCGAAGACACCCAGGCUUACCCCAGCAAGGACAGAUCUGUAAAUUCACCAGCUCUGGAAUCUGCAGCUUGAGCUUUCCCACAUCAGCUGUGAUGCCUCAAAGCACCUUGUCCCGUCCCCUGCUGAUUGCAGGAAAAUAUUUGCCCUUUUUAAAUGGAAGUUUUUAAGCGUGAACACUCAGAGAGUAAAAGAAAAUGAAGUUAUUUGAUGGCAAGUUCUUUUCCAAGCUUGUAGAACGUUUGGCUCGGUGAUACUUUAGGCAGUGCUUCCCUCCUGAAUCCUUCCUGAGCAGGGAUUUAUGCACCCCCUGUUCACGCAGGCAGUGCUGAAGCUGUGCACAGCACACACAGCUUUUAUUGCUUUCAUUCCAUGUUUUCCUACAGAGAAAAUUGGUGUAAAAUGGCCCUGGCACAGGUGGGAAUUGAAUCGUGAGAUUCUCACCUGCUGCUGGCACAGCAAUGUGUCAGAUUCCCUGACAUCUCCUUUCUGUAACAAGACUGAAAUAAAACAAGGCAGGGAGGAAAAAUCACUCAGAGUAUUGAAAUGGAUGCAGCACGGGGAACAGAAAUUCCAGAAUAAUCACACAGGAGAUCUGGCUGCUUGCAGGUCAAGGUUUGAGUCGUGUCUCUGGGGGGAAAUAACUCCUGGUUUCCUUCAGGAAGAUGUUGCAGAGCUCGAUCAGUCCUGUGAAAAACAUCAUCUUGGAUUUGAUUCCCUGGUGACAGCGAGAGCCCUGGUGUGCAGCUCUGACAGCCCUGCUGUGACUCCUGAGUCCCCAAACGUGCCUGCUGGGAGGGUGACUUGUCAUGGCCUCGAGCUGGGAAGAGGCUGAAAUAGAAACAAACAACCCCAGCUCUGCAGGGGAGCUGUUACUGCCUGAUAACGUGAGAUUAAAUGGGUUAAAAAGAGGGUUAAAAUGCCCAACCUCUACUAAUGCAGGUUUCAUUUUAUAUUAACUUAAGGUUUUGAUGUGUAUUGUAUUCAAACCCAGUUUUUCACCGUGCCUUGGCACCAGAGCCUUUAGACAUCAUUUGAAAUAAAUUGUAAUGAAAUGAUUCAUUUUUAACAUUUGCCAUUGGUGAAGUGGGGAGCUGGGCAGGUUAUGAAAUGCUGGUGACAUUUUGGGUUGCAGGGAGUGUAAAAAAUUGACUUUUUUAUUGCAACCACCAAAAAAACCACCCCAAAAUGCUUGGCAUUUCCCUGAUUUACCUGCUCUUGAUAUUCCCUAAUUUCAUCCAAGGAGGAAAGGCCUGGCUGAAGGAAUUCCUGGGAAGCUCAGACCUUCCUGCGCAGCUCCUUCCCUCAGCUUCAGCUGUAUUGAUUCAGCAAAUGUCUCCCCUGCUCGGUGUCAUUUGAAAUAUUUACCCAGAAAAACAGAAAUCCAAUUGCCACACGAUUCAGCAGCUCCUCUCUGUCCCCGCUCCGGCAGAAAAACAAAACUCAGCUCCUAUGUCAUGGAAUGUUCUCUACAAGAGCUUAAUUAAAUUUAUAAUGAAAAUAACAGGGGAUUAAGAAGACACGAGGGAAAUACAUUGCUCUUGCAGAGCAUUCCAGAGGUGAUAGAAGCAAUUUGCAGAGAAAAUUACCUGUUUGCUGCUCAGUUUCUAUAGAAAUUAAAUGAGUCUUUACAAACUCUGGAAAAGUGCAUUCCAGCCUCCGCUUUGUGACUGUGCAACUUGCAGCUAAUUUCUAAAAUUAUUCGUGGAUCUCCAUCCCCCCUCUGGUUUUUUUUUUUUUUUCUCUUUCCCCUUUUUCAACUCCACUUCAGUCUUUUGUCCCUGCUGAUAAAUCUGCUGCUGAUUCUCUCACCUUCUUCCCCAAAGUUCCAGCCCAGGCAGCUCCUGGCAGGGCACGGCAGCAGCAGCAGGGCACAAACCUCCUAAAAGGUUUAGAUUCCAAAAGAUCAAAAUCCUUGGCCCUCAUGCCUCAAAAAUUGUGGGUUUGGGGUGCCCAGAGCUGCCUGGGUGAGCAGGGUGGUGCUGCUGAUGCUGGCAGGGAGCUGUGGAGUGACUGAGUGCUGCCCUGAGCCCCCUGUGCUGCAGCAGCCCUGACACCCUGGACCACGGGGAGAUUCCACACCAACUGCUCUUCACAGCCCUCACAGAACCCCAGCACGACAGAAAAGCAGAGGGGGGAAAUGGAAGGUCCCUUAAAGCUGAUCUGGCUGCAGCCCUGCUCCCUGCUGGAGCUCUGUCAGUCCUGGGUGUGCUUUGGCCUUGAGAGCAACAGGAUUUGUCUUUCCAAGCCAGCUCUGGGGCUGCUGGUGGAUCAAACCAGCACUGGGACAGAAAAGAAACAACAGGAAGGAUUCCACUGAGUGAUGGAUGGAGAAAGAUUUUUGCUUUUACAAAUAAACUGUAGGUUUGCUGAGAAAUGAAAUUAGACAUUGAGAGAUGAAAGAAACAAUGGGGAAGAAAAACCCCUAAAUUCCAUAGGAAUGAAAAAUGAAAAGGGAGGGUUGUACAUUAGAGGGGAAUCUUUGGGAUCAGGUGUUCUGGGGAGUCUGAACCUCUCAAGCACCUCAGCCAUGGGGAAAAAAACCCCUAAAUUCUGUAAGAAUUAAAAAUGAAAAGGGAGGGUUGUACAUUAGAGGGGAAUAUUUAGGAUCAGGUGUUCUGGGGAGUCUGAACCUCUCCAGUACCUCAGAAAUGGGGAAAGAGAGAAGGGAAAUGUGGCUGGAAAUUGGGAUAAAAACAAGGCUGCAUCCUCCAAAAACGUGAGAGACCCCAGGGGAUGCCCCAUGGCUCUGCCUUGAUUGGAAUAAAGCCAAAGCACUCCUCUGUCUCCUUCUUGGACACAAACCUCUGGUGUUUGGGGGUUCAUUUUCCUACCAGGCUGCCUGCCCUCCCUCUGCAUCCCCUCCAUCCAGGACAUCCCUGGGGAAAGGGAAGGGACUUCCAGCACCCCGUGCUCCCCACAAGCAGCACACCAAGAAACUCAGAGCAAAUCCAUCACCAGAGCAGGGGAUGCUUCAGGAGGGGCUGGCACUGAUUUCCUGAGUGCUCUCAGUGCUGGGUCUGACUGUAAUACAAAUCCUCUGAUGUAGAACCCCUUUGAAGGGGAGAAGCUUGUUGUGAUGAAAACGUGGCUGUUCCAGUGAGAAGUGUGGCUCUUCUGGGGGGGAAAGGCUCCCAGGAAAAUGCUUGGAACUGAAUUUGGAUAAAUCCACGUUUUGCAUUGCUCCUGCUUCCCAGUGACUGUGAUUUGUUUGUUUGGCAGUGCUGCAAUUAUGCAGAUAUGGGAUUAAAUUAAAAUUAAAAUAAUGCUGCAUUUUAGAGGAAAA